AUGAGGAUCGAAAAGUGUUACUUCUGCUCGGCGCCCAUCUACCCCGGACACGGCAUGAUGUUUGUGAGGAACGACUGUAAGGCAUUUAGAUUCUGUCGAUCAAAAUGUCACAAAAACUUCAAGAAGAAGCGAAAUCCCAGAAAGAUCAGAUGGACAAAAGCCUUCAGGAAAGCAGCUGGUAAAGAGUUGACAGUGGAUAAUUCAUUUGAAUUUGAAAAAAGAAGAAACGAACCUGUCAAGUACCAAAGGGAGUUAUGGAGCAAGACUGUUGAUGCUAUGAAGAGAGUAGAAGAGAUCAAGCAGAAGCGGCAAGCGCGGUUUAUCAUUAACAGAUUGCAAAAGGGCAAAGAAUUACAGAAAGCCCAGGACAUCAAAGAAGUCAAACAAAACAUACACCUUAUCCGGGCUCCUCAUGCUGGAAAAGCCAAAAAAUUGGAAGACAAAAUGGUUCAGCAGUUACAGGAGGAUGUGGAUAUGGAAGAAUCGUCAUAG